GCUGAAAACAGAACACACAGAACAACUGACCUUAGAUCAAAUUUAGCAGAACCUGAACCAGAACUGAUCCCAGACCAGCCAUGGACCGAGUUGUCCUCCUGCUGUCGGUGGUGUGUCUUGGCGUCUCCUCUCAGCCAAUCACAGACGGCCGUCUGUUCUCCAUCGCUGUUGGCAGAGUUCAACACCUCCACCUGCUCGCUCAGAGACUCUUCUCCGACUUUGAGAGUUCUCUGCAAACCGAGGAGCAACGUCAACUCAACAAAAUCUUCCUGCAAGAUUUCUGCAACUCUGAUUACAUCAUCACCCCAAUCGACAAGCAUGAGACCCAACGCAGCUCUGUGUUGAAGCUGUUAUCUAUCUCCUAUCGAUUGGUUGAGUCUUGGGAGUUUCCCAGUCUUUCCCUGUCUGGAGGUUCUGCUCCUAGAAUCCAGAUUUCCCCCAAACUGUCCGAACUGAAGACGGGAAUCCUGCUGCUGAUCAAGGCCAAUCAGGAUGGAGCAGAGCUCUUCCCUGAUAGCUCCGCCCUCCAGCUGGCUCCGUAUGGAAACUACUAUCAAAGUCUGGGAGCUGACGAGUCGCUGAGAAGAACCUACGAACUACUGGCCUGUUUCAAGAAAGACAUGCACAAGGUGGAGACCUACCUGACGGUGGCUAAAUGUCGACUCUCUCCAGAAGCCAACUGCACCCUGUAGCCCCGCCUCUCUACUGUGAGGCCACACCCCUUGUGGAUAAUGUAAUCCUGUGUUUUUUGUAGCUCAGCCUCCAUGUCAUAUCACUCUGUUAACAAGCGUUAGCAUUAGCAUUAGUGUUGGCCUCAGUUCAGUGGUUUGUUGAUGCAGAUUGAGUGUCUCUGUGCUGAUGAUGAAAUGUUUUCUGAUGUUAUUAUAUUGACAGUUGUAAACAGGAAGU